AUGGCCGACGUGCAGCCUCCGUUCGAGACGGAAAAAGAGGCCGACACGGACACCCCCGAAAAACGAGAGGACGAGCAAGGAGCUUCUGGGCUCACUGAUGAAGCAAACACCCAGUACCAACCGCGCUACAUCCUGGACCAUUGGGUGACCUGGCAGCCCGAUGGCCGGAUGAUGAAGUACGUCAAUGAAGUCUGGGAAGAGGUUAUCGAGGAGGACGAUCGCACGCUGCUCAGCCAGCUGUGGAACGAGCAGCAACGAGCUGAGACAGAGAAGGUCGUCGACGGGGUCAAGUUGAAAUGGGAUCCAACAACUCAGCAAUGGCUGCCACAAGAGCUGGAUGAUGAUUUUCUCGCAAACUAUCAGGCAAACUACGGCGUCGCAUAUGAUUACUCCAAAAUCGAAGUGAAGAAGCCGGUGGUGCCCGUUGAGAAAAAGGAAGAAAAGAAGAAGGAGACGAAGGAAGAACGCGCUAAACGGAAACGAGAAAAUAGGCAAAAGGUCCCACAGCAAGGAUGGAUCGAAAACGAAGCAAAUACGGCCGUUUACGUCACCAAUCUACCGCUUGACAUUGAUGAGGAAGAGUUCCAAGCGUUCAUGACAAAGUGCGGUGUGAUUCAAGUGGAACCACGUAACAACAAACCCAAGAUCAAGCUUUAUCGAGAGGCCGACGGCUCAGUGAAGGGCGAUGGGCGAUGUACAUACGUGAAGCCGGAAUCUGUGGAAUUGGCGCUCAGCAUCCUCGAUGGAUCCGAAUUCAACGGCUCGAAAAUUACGGUGGAACCGGCGCACUUCACACUGAAGGGCGAAUACGAUCCGGCGAAAAAGAAGCGCCGGCUGACCGCUCAGCAGAAGAAGCGUUUCCUGGAGCAGCAGAACAAAAUCUUUGCCUGGACCCCCGACAAGCCCCGAAACUAUCGGCCGAAGGCUCACUGUACGGUCGUGCUGAAGGGAGUUUUCACUUUGGAAGAAAUGGAGCAAAACGCUGCCCUAAUGCUCGACCUGAAGGAAGUUUACCAGAAAUUGAGCGCCAAGUACGGGACUGUCAAGAAAGUUGUCGUUUAUGACACCAAUCCGGAUGGCGUUGUCACCGUCUCGUAUACAAAUACCGAAGAAGCCGAUCUGGCGAUCAAGAUGCUCGACAAGCACCUGAUCAACGGCAAACUCCUCGACGCCUAUAACUGGGACGGAAAGGCCAAGUUUAAGGUCGAGGAAACGGAAGAGCAGCGCCAAGCCCGACUAGAACGCUAUGGACGCGAGCUUGAGGGAAAUGACGACGAGGACAAGUCGACGGAAAGCGGUGGCGACACUGACUCGUCAGACGAUACCGACUCCUCCUCCUCCGACGGCGAGGAGCAAGACAAACGGGCUGAUGACAAUGCGGAGAAG